AUGGCGAGCGAGGAGGAGGCCAGAAGACGCCCAUCGGUUACCUCCUCUUCUGUCGGUCUUGAGGCUCUGUUCCCUUCAGGGACAUCGGAACAGAGCUGCGGGGACGAAAACCCGGAGCUCGUCCGCCUGCGGGAGCGUCUUCAGGGUUGGCUAUCGCAGUAUGAGCCCCUGCUGCUAUGGGUGCAGAGGCUGUUGGUCUGGGAGAGGCCAUUCUACAGCAUCUCUGUCGCCCUGACACUCAACACAUUAUUUUGGCUCCUGUCAUCCACCUCCCUGCGGCCUCUGUUCCUGUUGAGUGUGUCCCUGCUGGGACUCAUGCUACUGGAGAGAUGGAAGCCCAAGUUGCCCAUCAUUACCGUUGAACAUGCUGAGGCUCCUGCCGCACAAAGUAACACAAUGAGUGUGGAGCAGCAUCUGCUCAGUAUUCCUGAGCUCAGCCACCACCUGGCUGAAAGCUACCUGACUUACUGCCUGUACCUGCAGGAGAUGCUGCAGUACAAACAGCAGAACCAUGGCAAGUUCUGUGUGAUGAUGUGCAGUGGCUGUCUUGUACUUGCCGUGGUCGGGCACUAUGUACCAGGGAUCAUGAUCUCCUAUAUUAUUGUCCUGAGCGUACUGUUGUGGCCCCUGGUGGUGUACCACGAGCUGAUCCAGAGGAUGUACACCGGCUUGGAGCCUAUCCUGAUGAAACUGGACUACAGCAUGAAGGGAGAAACCGAGCACCGCAAGCACGACAAGAGGAAGGUGAAGAAGGAGAUGGAGGAGGGGGACGAGCCAAGAGCCGAAACGGAGAGUGACAGUGAGGAGGAGCUGUCCUGUUUUGCUCCAACGGUGGAUGUGAAGACCACAGCUCUGGCGAUGGCCAUCACAGACUCCGAGUUGUCAGACGAGGAGGCAUCCAUCUUGGAGAGCGGAGGGUUCUCCGUGUCGAGAGCCACCACUCCUCAACUCACUGACGUCUCUGAAGACCUGGACCAGCAGAGUUUACACAGCGACCCAGAGGAGUCCUACCUGCGGGAUCUGCCUGAGUUCCCCUCUGUUGAGGAGUUCCCAUCCAUCGACCACACCCUGCUCCACUUCCCCCUGCGAGGCCCCGGCCAGGGCGACGGAGCCCAGGCCGUUGCUCCGUCCGAAAAGGAACCGUUGAGUCCCGCCAGCCUUCUCAUCCAGCACCUAGCAUCUCCGCUCCACUUUGUGAACACGCACUUCAACGGACAUGGGCGACCACCUGGGGGUGUGGAGGGCAUGUUGCCUGUGGCAGGCGCAGGGGAGGCAGCGGGGACGCUGGGGGAAGAGGAGAAGGAAGCUGCCGUAGCCCGGGAUACACAACAGUCCUUGGAGGCGUUGAGCGAGGAAAUAGUGAGCACGGCCAUCUCCACCGUGGUGCAGAACACUCUGUCGGCCAUGCUGCGCUCCAGCGAGGCCAGCGAGGAGCCCUCCCUGGCCGAGUUCCUUCCCACUGAAACCCCGCCCGGCGCUCUGGAGACCUCCACCCCACCCACUGAGACCACUGCUAACACUAUGAUUACUACAAUAGGAGCGCUGGAGGCUGACCAGGACCCGGAUGAGGCGAUUACGACAGAAAGCGGCACCGGAGAGGAGAUGCCCGACGACACGCUUGUUCCGACCGAGGAAGAGGACUUUGAGCUUCUGGACCAAAGUGAACUUGAGGGGCUGGACCUCAUGUCUGACAGACAGCCAGUGGAAGGAGCCUCGGUAGCUGCAGAGACGCCUCUGUCUCCUCAGCAUCAACCACAGUCAUAGCUUCCCUGUUUUGCUCCCCCUGCCCCCAACUGUUGUGUUUUUAUUUCUACAUUAGACUUACAUUAUAUCCAUUCACAAUGCUAUAUACAAAACAUGUAUCAAAGAGUUUGCCGUUUAAUACUGUUGGUUAUUGUGUGGCGCAUGGAUGAGGAUACUCGGUGCGUCAGAAGGGUCUGUUCAACCUCCAGUUGCAUUAGUGAUUUUUUUUCAGCCUGCGGGCCAGAUAGUUUAUCAUGUUCUAGGAGAGCAGGGUCAGGCCAGAACCGGGUUAGGUUAACUGUCAUAGAGAGGGGUUGAACAACGUUGAAAUUUGCUCGAUAAAUCAGCAGGCAAAUAUCUUACAGCCUAGUGGAGAGUCUGUCCCACGUUCAGUCUCACGUCAGAAUAAUGACGCCUUGGUUUUCCACCGUGGCUGAGCGCUUAAUAACCCUUCCGUCUUGUUUUCAUAAGGGUCUUUAUCUAGAUGGUGUUAUGAAGAGCUGAAAUGUUGGAUUAUAUAAUAAUUAAUAUAUGCUAUAAAUUAUUUAAUUUAACGUCAUUCAAUAAUACUUUAUUGUUAAGCUGAGGGGAAGUUUAAAGUAAAUUGAAUCCCUUCAGUUGCCCAUAAUGAUUGUAUGAUAAUUGUUUUAAUGAUGACACGUGGAUUGUGGUUGAACAUGUUGUCUAUUCCCCGAGCUAGACUUAGUAAAACAGUAGUAUUGUCCUUCACUUUAUCCUUACCUCCAAGGUCUCCGAGGUUACAGUUUUGACAGAAACAUUCAGUCACUAGUGGUCUUUCACUUGUUGCCUGGAAACGGAAACUUAAUCUUUGACAUUGUUGGAUGUUAAAAAGUAGUAGAUCUUUACCCGUACACGUAAGUGACUUUGACAUGGCAAGAUAAAAAGAAAAUGGUCCUGAAUUUUUGUCUCUUUGGUUGAUGCUUAAUUUUAUCAAUAAUUGCAAAUGGAAUUCAAUUCCACACAUCCAUAUGUAAUUGAAUUUAUUCUUUAUCUACAACUCUGUUAAAAGACACGCUUCUUGUUGAUAGGCCCGUCUGUGCCCAUCUAUUUGUUACAUGUAUUGUCAAGUCAUACAUGUAGUAAAGUUAAGUCCAUGCAUGCCAUGCAUCACGCAUGUAUUUACCAUGAAAAAUAUUUGAGGUCAAUUUUCAAAGGAGUGUUACUUUUCACUGGCUUUCUUGAGUGACAUGAUAAUUGAAUGACACACAACGCAUCUGGCCGCUGCUGGGAAUUUGUGGAAAACGUGACAAAAAGGAAAUUUAGCGCCAUGCUCAAGUGUAUAAAGAGGCCGGUUUUGCUUUUGUAAACCACUCAGCAUCCACGUCUCAAGGGUGGGUUGUACAAAUUGAAUAUAACAUUGCAGAAUGUGUGUCCAUUUCCUGAGUUGUCGUAAUGCACUGUAUUUGUACUAACCUUUCCUUUUUCAGUCAACGCCUCCUUGUGUAUAGUGUAGAAAUGUUAAAAAGGAACGUGUAUAUUCUGCAUGUAAAAACAGCGCUCUGUUCAAGUUCUCCUUGUCAACUGACAACGUACUGCACAAUUUGUGAGAAACAAAAAAUCCAGACGAAUGUUUCAGGUUAAAAGAGCCCUAUAAAUUCAGUUUGUUUAUAAUCGAAUUAGCAACGAGGGGAAGAAAAGUUUUGAAGUGUCCUCAUUUUAAAAAGACUGCUCUACUGUAAAGGGAAAUGGGUGACAAGUGAUACCAUCAGAUUUCGAGAAGUAUAUUAACAGUUUGUGUAUGUUAGUAAUGUGUUUUAUGCUUAAAAUAUCGCUUCUUGAACUAUAAAAAAGGCACUUACUGAAAUGUACAAUUUUAAAAAAGGAAUAUAUUUUCUAAUUUCUCCUUUUUCCAUAAAGUACUCAGUUUGAUCUUUUACAUGUAAAAAAAAAAUAUAUAACGGCAAUGGGCGAGUUUCACGAAGCAGAAAAGAUUUAUUGUCAUUAAACUGGCCAAAUAACACAUGUGAAAGUGAGAGAAUAAAAGAACAAACUGAAACAAA